CCUACGUCGUACCGUAUAUCAACGCGCAUCUGCCCCCUCACCUGCCCAUCGCCGCCCCAAUUGUUGCCUAGACCCUCCAUGUUCCCAGUUUUUCGACACUUCUUCUCCACGACACAGUCACGUCAAGCAACCAUGGCUACCGCAUCAGACAAGGCCCAGAAGCUCAUCAAUGACAACGCCGUCAUUGUCUUCUCCAAGAGCUACUGCCCCCACUGCCGCGCCACCAAGCAGACGCUCUCCAGCCUCGACGCCGAGUUUACGACUCUCGAGCUCGACAACGAAUCUGACGGCGGCGACCUGCAGGAUGCCCUUGAGCAAAUCACCGGCCAGCGUACCGUCCCCAACGUCUUCAUUGGCCACAAGCACAUCGGCGGCAACUCGGACGUCCAGGCCCUAGUCAAGUCCGGCGAGCUCAAGCGCAAGCUCCUCGACUCGGGCGCCCUAAAGGCGUAAGAAACCCCUUCACGAGGUAGGUGGCACGAGCUGAGGCGGCGAUAGGAGCCUGUAAGGAGAUUAUGCACUGUGACGGGGUAUUGUCGAUGUAGGAUGAAAGGCGACACACUAGACGCAUGUAUAUAGACGCGGGCAGUGUUUGAAACAAAGUCUGUGGUGCGAUGACAACACUCGUCAAACAACAGAGCCGUGUUUGACUUUAAUACCCUGGA